AUGGACGAUUCCAUGCUGAAGCGAAUACGUGUGUCAAAUCAUUUUCAGAACGAACUACCAGAUCUAUUGGUGGUAGAGACGUCAAAACAAAUGAAUUUCCUUGGAAUUCUGCGUUGUUCAUCAGAAGAGACCUUAAAAAUUACAAACGAGGCGGUUUUCGUUGCAGUUAACCUGGAUUUCCCUCAUUGGCAGAUCGAAAAGGAAUUGUGCAGUGCAGUUCAAAUCUCUUCACAACACCUUCUGACGGCCGCUCAUUGUGUGGUCCGAAUUCAUGAAAAUGUGAAGCGGUGCGACACAAGGAUAGAGAAAAGGCUGCGAUAUGUGCCACUAUUGCCUUCAGAUCUGAUAAUAAUUGCCGGAAGCGCAUGUCCUAAUUUAGCAGAGAAGCGGUGUUGGGUACGAAGAAAUGUAUACAGAGCAGCCGAAAUUACCGUUCAUCCUGAUCACGAUCCUUGUCAAAUCAAGACCGAUUUGGCCAUAGUUUUGGUUAAGAGUAAAAUUUCACAGCGAGAUGGAUCGUCAAUUUGUAUGCCUUCAAAAAAUGAGGUAAUUCUUGAAGAUGUGGUUGCAAUGGGAUUUGGAGUGAAACGAUUACAGUGGAGUAUGGAUUGCCUAUUUCGACUGUAUGAACUUCUUGUGUGCUCUUCAGCUCCUCAAACGAAUAAUAAACUACGUGCAGUAGACCUAACGGCAAGAUAUCAAGCAGGGACCCGAAUAACGGCGACCGCAAAAGGGAAAUCCAUUUGUAAGGGUGACAGCGGUGGACCACUGGUGAAAGUUAACAGCACUGGUAGUUAUGUACUCUUAGGAAUUGGUAGCGCUUCAAAACCUCCUUGCGACGUGAAAGAUCGACCAGAACAAGGUGGGAGGUUGCGUGAAAUGAUCUUUGUAGGACGCUCUUCUAUGUGA